AGGGCCGCUCUUAAAAAAGUGAAGGGGAUUUUUUUUGCCCAGACAUAUACUCCAGUGAUGCAAUAUUCCUCGCACAAAACACACAUCCAACAGUUGCAACAUAGAACCGGUGCCUAGCGGUACCUAGGUGUGCUUACCUGUAACACUCCCGCCGUGUUACUUAAAAACGAAGCUGUUUCAGUUCAGUGGUUUCCCAGUUAGUGUCCAGUGCUCAGCCAAUCAAGUUGUUUGAAUUUACAGACGAUCAGAAUGUCAAACAACGACACCAUCAACUACAAUGCGGAUCAGUUGUUCGGCUGGGCGGAUUACCUCGUAUUUGUCGCCAUGUUAGUCAUUUCGGCUAUAAUCGGUAUCUACUAUGCAUGCUUCGGAGCUAAACAAAACACAACUAGUGAAUUUCUUAUGGCCGGAAGGAACAUGGGAACUUUCCCUGUUGCCAUGUCUCUUAUUGCGAGUUUCAUGUCAGCCAUCACGCUGCUGGGAACUCCUGCCGAAGUUUACCAAUUCGGGACCAUGUAUUGGCUAAUAGUGCUGGCUUUUUUUCUUGUCGUUCCGGCCACCAACUACUUGUACAUGCCAAUCUUCUACCAACUUCAAGUCACAUCCGCUUACGAGUACCUUGAAGUCCGAUUCAACAAACUUGUCCGGUGCCUAGGGUCGGCAACAUUCACCGUUCAGAUGAGUCUUUACAUGGCCGUAGUUGUGUACGCACCCGCUCUGGCUCUCAGUCAAGUGACUGGUAUUCACGUCUACAUCUCGGUCACGGCUAUUUUCGCUGUUUGCAUUUUCUACACUGUGGUCGGGGGGAUGAAGGCAGUCAUGUGGACUGAUACCGUUCAAGUUAUUAUCAUGUUCAUUUCGAUGGCUGUGGUGGUAUUUAAAGGGGACGUUGACAAAGGUGGUAGUGCAGCUGUGUGGGCCGCAAACCAAGCUACAGACAGAGUGGAAUUUGGAGAUUUUGACCCGAGUCCCGCAAAAAGACAUUCUGUCUGGUCGCUAAUCGUCGGGGGUUACUUCACGUGGGUGACUAUUUACGGAGUGAACCAAUCGCAAGUGCAGCGGUACUUGACAGUAGCUAACAUCCGACAGGCUAGAAACGCUGUUUGGAUCAACUUGGUCGGGUUGGUCGCCCUCAUCUCGCUGUGUUGUUAUGCUGGCAUGGUAAUCUUUGCACGAUACGAAGAUUGCGACCUUCUUGGUGCUGGGCUUGUUUCUAAACCGGAUCAGUUAUUUCCACGGUUCGUUAUGGACACACUCGGAAACUAUCCCGGAGUUCCAGGAUUAUUUGUGGCCGGAAUUUUUAGCGGUGCUUUAAGUACGGUUUCAAGCGGUUUGAACUCGUUGGCUGCCAUCUGUUUGGAGGAUUUCGUCCGACCCUUCUGCGGACGAGGAAUGAGCGAUGCCCAGGCCACUAACGUUUCCAAAUUCAUUGCAUUGGGUUUCGGUGCCUUGUGCUUCGGGUUGGUCUUUGUAGCUGCCCAGCUGGGUAACGUCCUUGAAGCCGCACUGAGCAUCUUUGGAAUUCUCGGGGGACCACUUCUCGGUGUUUUCACGUUGGGAAUGUUCUUCCCUUGGGCCAACGCUAUCGGAGCUGCGGCUGGCCUCUUGAGCAGCCUCUCUCUGAUGUUAUGGAUCGGUAUAGGGACGCAAGUAGCUAAAGCACAAGGUUACCUAACAGUUCCACGCAAGCCUGUCAGCUUCGAAGGGUGCCCGCCCUUCAAUAGAACCAAUUUUACCAGUUUUACGACGACAGAAUUGACUACAAUGGACUGGGAAACAACUACCUCAAUGCCUCUGGAAGAUGAAGCCUACGAACCACUGGGUUUGUACAAGCUUUCGUACAUGUGGUACUCCGCUUGCGGAUGCCUUACUGUAAUUGUGGUUGGCUUGAUCGUGAGUGCCAUCACAGGAUUACAAGACCCUCGAAAACUAAAUCCGUCACUUAUCUGCAAUACUGGCAAAAACAUGUACUGGUUCCUACCUAAAAGAGCCAAAGAGUUUUUACGAUUCCACGUUGGCGACGAUUACGUUCCUGAAAUCAAAACGAAACCUGAGGAAAAAGUAGGUGAAAUCAAUGUAGCUUUCUCUUCCAGCAAUCCCGAUGAUUUCCAAACAAUAAGCAGCAUUAAAAGGAGAUCGUCGGAUAAAGACACAGAAUAAGCACGGUUUCGUAAUCAUUAAUUUUUAUUUACUACUCCGUAAUACCUUUCGUACAAUAAUUUGUUGACAAAUUUAACCAUUUUACUGGUAAACAUGUUCAAAACUGUUGAAAUACUUCCCCCUUUUAUAGCCAAAACUCCAAAUUUUGUUUAAAAAAAAUGGAAAAACAAUCGGGAAAAAAAAAUCACGAAACGCA